AUGCUCCUUGUUGGGGAUCUAGGGAUUUCCAGUCUACUAGUCCUUGCGAUCUCUCUUGUUCUACCUCUGAUCGCCUUCUUUGUUCGGCGGAAAUGGAGGCUCGCUGCCCUGAGAAGGGAGGAGAUUAGGAGACUUCUUAUUCAUGCGUCUGAAGAAGCUGCUAGGGCUGAGCUAGAGGCCUCUGUCGAGUUUUCUUCUGUUUUUUCUUCUGUUUCCGUCUCUAAUAGCUUCCAUUGUCCCGUCUGCUAUAUUCCUGCCACCACUCGCUGCUCUCGGUGCAAAGCCGUUCGGUAUUGUUCUGGAAAAUGUCAAAUCAUUCAUUGGCGGCAAGGUCACAAAGAUGAAUGUCGUCCUGCUUCCAUCAUAUAUGAUACUGACGAUAACGAAAGUGACUCUGAUGUGAAACACAGUGAAGAAAGUGAAGAGAAUACUCUUGAUGAAACUUUAUCGCUGCAUCCGGGACCAGUCACUAUACCAAUCAAGGAAGCAGUGUUCUCGAAUCCUGCCAGAGCUCCUGAAGAUGGGAAAGGAGAUAUUGCAGGUAACAAAGAUGACCUUAUAGAUAAGGAAGAAGCUGCUUCUGUUGCUGAAACAUCUGGAUCCUCGUUUUCUGGCUUCUCCUCCUCUCCACGGAAUGAAUCUAGUGAUGAGAUUUCCUUUUGUGAUAGCUUCAGUUCAUCUGAUUCCGAGAAAUCUGAGUCCCCACCUGAUGCUCAUGUUUCUGUAGAGCUAGAGGAGACCUGUUUCCGCACCAUUGAUGAUGCUCCAUCAAAACCAUUGUCUCCUAAAUUUGUGCAUUUGGUUGAGUCUGUGGAUAGUCUCGCUAAUUUGCCUAAAGCAAGUCUGCAUAAACCUGGGGGUGAUGUUGAGCAGAACCACCAGAGCCAAUCAAGUGGCUUACAUUCAUUAGUUACGGAUAGGCAUUCAGGAUCCGCUGACCUGUCUCUUCUAAAGUCAUCUGAUUUUUGGGGUACGGCUCUUGGAUCAGCAGAACGUCUAAGUAAGAAUUGGGAUAGUUCUAAAUCUGGUGUACCUGGUAAAGCCUCUCUGCAUUUUUCCUUAGGCUCCUCUAGAGAUACCUCAGCUCCCAAAUUUUCUGAGCAUCGGAGUAGCAUUUCAGAAGAAGCUCCUAGGGCUGUAUUAAGGACUAGUAAGUCUUCUGAUGAAGUGAAUUCAAAAGAAAGAAAUGCUAAGAGAUAUGAUGAAGCUGAAAUUUCAUUGCCAACUUCCUCUUCUACUGAUGUGCCGAGUCCUUUAGACACUACUGUUUUGUCCCCUGUGACCCUUCAGAAGUCAAAGAGCACCAGGACUGAAAGUGGCCGUAUAUUGGCUCCUUUGAAGGUUGGGGAAGCCCAAAUUUUGGCAUCGAAGGCCUCAAAUACUAGGGGGCGUGCUGAUGUUAUGAAACAUUCUCCUCUAGGUGCAAAAUCUGGAAGAGUUCUUGACCAUCAGAAUCAGAAUGGUGUUGCCAUUCACCAUAUAAAUUCUCUAAAUGGAAGAAGUGGUUUAAAGGCAUCAGUACUGAAAGUUGUAGACCAGUGGACUAAACCAAAGUCAUUAGCUGAGAAUGAGCUGGCAGGAAGACAUAGUUAUAAGGGGCUUUUUUCAUAUGAAUUAUUUGCUAAGCUGUAUACAAAUAAAAUCGAGGUUCAGCCUUGUGGCCUCAUUAAUUGUGGCAAUAGCUGCUUUGCUAAUGUUGUCUUCCAAUGCCUGAUGUUCACUCCUCCUCUGACCACAUACUUCCUCCAGCAAUUCCACUCUAGAGCAUGUUUAAACAAAGAACAGUGCUUCACCUGUGGGCUUGAGAACCUGGUCUUAAAAGCAAAAGAAGGGAAGUCUCCACUGUCCCCUCAUGGGUUGCUGUCACAGCUGCAGAAUAUUGGAAUCUUUCUUGGGAAUGGCAAGCAAGAAGAUGCACAUGAAUUCCUUAGGUUUGUUGUCGACACAAUGCAGUCUGUGUGCAUUAAGGCAUCUGCAUAUGAUAUGCCGAAGACUAGGAAAUUAGAAGAUACAACUCUAAUUGGUUUGACAUUUGGGGGAUACCUCCGAUCAAAGAUUAAAUGCAUGAAAUGUCAAGAAAAAUCUGAGCGGCGUGAGAAAAUGAUGGAUCUGACGAUUGAGAUUGAUGGGGAUAUUAGCACCUUGGAGGAUGCUUUGCGUCGAUUUACAAGGACUGAAAUAUUGGACGGAGAAAACAAAUACAAAUGUGGCAGGUGUAAAUCUUAUGAGAGAGCCAAAAAGAAACUGAAAAUUACAGAGCCUCCGAAUGUCCUUACAAUUGCACUAAAACGAUUCCAGUCAGGGAUAUUCGGGAAGCUCAAUAAGUUGGUCAGGUUUCCAGAAACUCUAGAUUUGUCCCCAUAUGUCAGCGGAGGAAGUGAAAAGUCACAUGACUACAAACUCUAUGGGGUUAUUGUUCAUUUGGAUGUAAUGAAUGCGGCGUUUUCUGGUCACUAUGUCUGCUAUAUUAGAAACAGUCAAAACAAGUGGUACAAGGCUGAUGAUAGUACGGUAGUAACUUCUGACGUUGAAAGGGUCUUGACAAAAGGAGCGUAUAUGCUGUUCUACGCAAGGUGUUCUCCAAUGCCUCCAAGAUUAGUAUGUACCAAAACAGAAGCACCCAAUAAAAAAAGCAACGCCCCUGUACCGAAGGCUAAUGGGAAAAAUACCACAACCACGUCACGCUCUGUGUCUACUCCAAGUUCUGUGUGGUCUUCCAACGCUCCCGGUGGUGUUCGACCUGGCAAUAUGCAGUCGUUUUAUUCCAGUUUCCAGAGGCUGCAGAGAAUUUUAGAAGAUGACUCGUCGAGUGACAGUUCUUCUCUCUUUGACAGCAACUCAGAUGAAUGUUCUUGUAGCACAGAGAGUACAAGCACGGACGACUUUGCUGAUUUCAUUUUUGGAGACCAUCAAGGACGGGCUCAUGGACAGUCGGAGGCUCCCUCUCCAACAUCAUCUUCUUCCUCGUCUUCGCCUCUCUCCACAAGGCAUUCGCGGCUAGGUGACUCGACUCGUUCUUCUCCAGACACUUAUGGAACUUCAAGACAUCACUUGCCCUUGGGAGGAGAAAGGUAA